AUGGGUGGCAUCACUCUCCAUGCCGACAAUACCGAUGACCCUCCAGCCGUSAGGAACUGGAGGGUACAUUGGAUGGCCCUGGUCGCCUCGAUGGGUGCCUUGGCCAUGGGCUAUGACACCAGUGUUAUUGGCGGUACCAUGGCUCUGGAUUCUUUCCGUCGAGACUUUGGACUUGUUGGGCGAACUCAAUACGAACGAGACACCAUCCAAGGCAACAUCGUGUCGACAUUCCAGGCCGGUUGCUUCUUCGGUGCCCUCCUAACGUUUCCCGUUGGCGAGCGCAUCGGUCGCAAAAAGGCCAUCAUUGCCGCCUCGUUGAUCUUCCUUCUUGGCGGCACGCUCAUGACCGCAUCGAAUGGCAUGUUCGGUUUGAUCUACGCUGGUCGCGGAAUCGCGGGCUUUGGUAUUGGCUCUGUUUCUCUCUUGGUACCCGUCUACAUCGCAGAGACGUCUCCGCCUUCGAUCAGAGGACGUCUUAUCGGCAUCUUCGAGAUUCUGUCUCAGGGAGGCGGCAUGCUGGGCUUUUGGAUCAACUACGCAGUGAACCGAACCAUCUCAAGCGAGACCAAGGGACAGUGGAUUGUCCCACUGGCGUUGCAACUUCUCCCAGGUCUGCUCCUCUUUGUAGGAAUGUUCUUCUGCCCUGAGAGCCCAAGAUUCUAUGUCAAGAAAGACAACCUAGAACAAGCAAGCAAGACUCUUUCCUGGAUCCGACAGCUGCCUGAAGAUGAUCCGUACAUCUUGCGUGAGUUGGAAGAGAUCCGCGCUCAGACCGCUAUUGGCCGUCCGCCACCUGGUGUCAAGAAUACCAAGUCGUACUACUUCAAGAGACUCUUCCAGAAGGGAACUCGCAACAGAAUCGGCAUCGGUCUCCUAUUGAUGGCAUUCCAAAACCUUACCGGAGUGAAUAUCAUCACAUACUACAGUCCCCGCAUCUUCGAGACCUUGGGAAUAUCAGGAACCGACACCAAACUCUUCGCAACCGGCUUUUACGGAGUAGCAAAGACGCUAGGCAUGGUAAUCUUCAGCGUCUGGCUCGUAGAAAGACUAGGACGUCGUCCAGGUCUAAUCUGGGGCGCAUUCGUGGGUUCACUUCCAAUGUGGUAUCUUGGCGGUUACGUCCUCAAGAAUGAUCCCACGACUGUUGCUGCGGCAGGAGGAGUUUCACGUAGUGGUUGGGGUUACCUUGCCAUGGUGUGCGUGUACCUGUAUGGUCUCAUUUACUGCGCCACUUGGCAAGGUAUCACUUGGGUAUAUUGCAGCGAGAUCUUCCCUAUUGACAUCCGUAUGCUGUGCGUGGCUAUUACGACCGCGGACCAGUGGCUUUGGUCAUUCAUCAUCAGUCGCACCACUCCAUACAUGAUCACGAGUCUGGGAUACGGGACUUAUUUCUUCUUUGCCACUCUCAUGGUGUGCAUGGGCAUCUGGUCUUUCUUCUACAUCAAAGAAACCWAAGGUGCAACACUCGAGGAUAUGGAGAGUAUUUUCGGCGCUGCUGCUCCGAUGGAUAUCAAAAGUUUUGAGGAUCCAGAGGAUAUUUCUUCGGCUUCGGAAAAGAAGGAUUUGACGCUGGCUACUUGUAUUGAAAGGUCGCCUACGCCUGAACAACAGAGGUGA